CACGUAUCUGCUGCGGAGUAGCAGCGUAGCAUGCUAGCGAGUAAAAACAAUACUUGAUGGGAUAUAAUGUAACAUUUAUCUGACAUUUUUACACUUAAAUAUCAUCGCUAAAUUGUAAUACUAAAGCUAGUAACGUCGAGCAUCAUGGAAACAGAAAACCGACCCAAAAAGAGAAACUACUCGGAGAAGUCUGGAUCAGAGGGCUCAGAGGAUGAUGACUAUGUGCCGUAUGUUCCUGUUAAGAUUAGAAAACAGCAGAUGCUCCAUAAGGUGAUGCGUCUGCGUGGGAAAGGGCUCACGGAAGAGGAACAGAAAGACAGCGGUGAAGAGCAGAAAGAUGAGGAUGAGGGUCUGGGCCCCCGAUCCAAUGUCAGUCUGCUGGACCAGCACCAACACCUCAAGGAGAAAGCUGAAGCUCGAAAGGAGUCUGCAAAGGAGAAGCAGUUGAAAGAGGAAGAAAAAAUUCUGGAAAGUGUGGCUGAAGGCAGAGCUCUAAUGUCCGUGAAGGAAAUGGCCAAAGGAAUCACAUACGAUGACCCAAUAAAAACAAGCUGGAAUGCGCCACGUUACAUUCUCGGCAUGCCGCCAGCACGGCACGAACGUGUACGGAAGAAGUACCAUAUUCUUGUUGAAGGUGAAGGCAUUCCACCACCCAUUAAGAGCUUUAGAGAGAUGAAGCUUCCUCAGGCCAUCCUGAAAGGACUGAAGAAGAAAGGAAUCGUUCACCCAACACCCAUUCAGAUUCAGGGAAUACCAACCAUUCUCUAUGGCAGGGACAUGAUUGGCAUUGCCUUCACCGGCUCAGGAAAAACCCUGGUUUUCACGCUGCCCAUCACUAUGUUUUGUCUGGAGCAAGAGAAACGGCUACCCUUCUGUAAGAGAGAGGGACCCUACGGCCUCAUCAUUUGCCCUUCUAGGGAGCUCGCGAGGCAGACACAUAGUAUCAUUGAAUACUACUGUAAACUCCUAGAGGAUGAAGGGGCUCCACAGUUGCGCUGUGCGCUGUGUAUUGGGGGCAUGUCCGUCAAAGACCAGAUGGAGGUUGUAAAGCAUGGGGUGCACAUGAUGGUGGCCACUCCUGGCAGACUGAUGGACCUGCUGAACAAGAAGAUGGUGAGUCUGGAUAUCUGCCGCUAUCUGGCUCUGGAUGAGGCUGACAGGAUGAUUGACAUGGGUUUUGAGGAGGACAUUAGGACCAUCUUCUCUUACUUUAAGGGUCAGAGACAAACGCUGCUCUUUAGUGCCACUAUGCCCAAGAAGAUCCAGAACUUUGCCAAAAGUGCUUUAGUGAAACCCAUCACUAUUAACGUGGGCAGAGCUGGAGCUGCAAGCUUGGACGUCAUCCAGGAAGUAGAAUAUGUCAAAGAGGAGGCCAAAAUGGUUUAUCUCCUGGAGUGUCUUCAAAAGACCCCACCUCCGGUAUUAAUCUUUGCGGAGAAGAAAGCAGAUGUAGAUGCCAUACACGAGUAUCUUCUGCUGAAAGGUGUGGAGGCAGUGGCUAUUCACGGAGGAAAAGACCAAGAAGAGAGAACGAAAGCCAUUGAAGCAUUCAAAGAGGGAAAGAAAGACGUCUUAGUGGCUACUGAUGUUGCUUCGAAGGGUCUGGAUUUCCCAGCUAUCCAGCAUGUAGUCAAUUAUGACAUGCCAGAGGAGAUUGAGAACUAUGUCCACCGAAUAGGCAGAACAGGUCGGUCUGGAAAGACAGGAAUAGCAACAACAUUUAUCAACAAAGGAUGUGAUGAGUCUGUGCUGAUGGAUCUGAAAGCUCUUUUGGUUGAAGCCAAACAGAAGGUUCCUCCUGUACUGCAGGUCCUCCAAACGGGAGACGAGACGAUGCUGGAUAUUGGAGGGGAGAGAGGAUGUACAUUUUGUGGCGGUUUGGGCCACAGGAUCACAGAUUGUCCCAAGUUGGAGGCCAUGCAGACAAAACAGGUCACCAACAUCGGCCGCAAAGACUACUUGGCCAACAGCUCCAUGGAUUUUUAAUGCCGUCUACUCCUUCGAUGUUAAAUUCUUCAUUGAGAGAGGCUUCAGUGUUAUGUUUUAUCUCAUUUUGUACAAAAUGUAUUAUUCAUGGAACUGUACAUUGUUUCAUUAAUUUCAGUGAACCUUUUGUUGCAAAAUACAGCUUUGUAUAAGUAAAAAAUAUAUUAAAGUUAGUUAGUUCAUGGAGUUUUCAGCAGGUUUUGCUCUAUAUUGAUGUUCAUGUAAUUAUGUAACAGCUGAACUGUUAAAGUAUUUAUCUGAAAUCCACUCAGGCAUGUUUUUGACAGUUAAUUGUUUAUUUGCUACACAUCCAGUGUAAAUAUAUGAACGUCAAUUCAUGCUCUUCGUUUUAUGAUGCAAACUGCAAAUAAAAUUCUUCUUUGAGAUUA